UCAACAAAACAAAACUUGUUAAAACAUCAUUUGAGUCCUGUCUAUCACUCUAGUAUAGUUUGACUUUGCUACUUUUCCAUUCCAAAACUAUGGCCGCAUCAUUAGAAUCAGUUAGUGAUUUCAAAAAAGCACAAGUUCAAGCAUUUGAUGAUUCAAAAACAGGUGUAAAAGGUAUCCUAGAUUCUGGCAUAACAAAGAUACCUUCUAUUUUUCAUGUCAAGGUAGAACAAUCCACUCAAACUGAAUCCAACAACUACACCACCAUCCCAAUCAUAGAUCUACAACACAUCAAAAACAAGACUUCAAAUCAUGACCAUAUUGAAAUAGUUGACCAAAUCAAGAGUGCUUGCAAAAAUUGGGGAUUUUUCCAAGUGAUCAAUCAUGGUAUUCCACUUCAUGUUUUGGAUGAGAUGAUCAAUGGAAUUCGUAUGUUUCAUGAACAAGAUGCUGAAUCAAAGAAACCCUUUUACUCAAGAGAUAAAAAUAAGAAAGUCAGGUUUUUCUCUAAUGGGAAGUUGUUUAAAGACAUGGCUGCUAAUUGGAGGGAUACAAUUGCAUUUGCUGCAAAUCCUCUUCUUCCAAAUCCAGAAGAGAUGCCAUCAGUAUGUAGAGAUAUUGUGGCUGAAUAUUCAAAGCAAAUAAAAGCAUUGGGUGUUACGAUCUUUGAGUUAUUAUCAGAAGCUCUUGGCCUCGAUCUUUCUUACCUUAAUGAAAUGGAAUGCGCCGAAGCACUUUAUAUCAUGGGACAAUACUAUCCACCAUGCCCUGAACCAGAAUUAACUAUGGGAAUUGCAAAACACACUGAUUGUGACUUCAUCACAAUACUUUAUCAAGAUCAAAUAGGCGGUCUUCAAGUUCUUCACGAGAACCAAUGGGUUAAUGUUCCUCCGGUGCAUGGAGCCCUUGUUGUAAAUAUUGGGGAUAUCCUACAGCUAAUGACGAAUGACACGUUCGUCAGUGUUAAUCACCGGGUUUUGUCGAGGACAAUAGGUCCUAGAAUUUCUGUAGCAAGCUUCUUUAUGAAUUUUACUAUAUCUGAAUGCACAUCAAAAGUUUAUGGUCCAAUAAAGGAAUUGUUAUCAGAAGAAAACCCUCCAAUCUAUAGGGAUGUUACUAUGAAAGAAAUCUUGACAAAUUAUUAUGCAAAAGGCCUUGAUGGGAAUUCUUACUUGCUUCCUUUAAAGUUGUGAAGAAAAUGUAGUAAGAAUCUCCCAAGCAUUCUUAGCAACAGUGCAUCGUUUGAUAAGUCUGAACAUAUUUGCAUCUACACCAUUGAAAAUGGCAUACAAGGCCUUGAAGUUUCCAAGAGCAAGAUCAUCCUCAUCUUUUGACCAUUCAUCCUCUGGCUUCUUGACUCCAAUUUUGUUGUCAUCUUUGUCAAGAACAACAGGUGGUUCCCAUCCACGUAACACGGCUAUAUUUAAUUAGUUUGAAAAAUUAAUCUUAUAUUUCCGUCUUUCUUAUAUUGAAAUCAUGACGAUAAUUCAAGUUCUUUGCAGAAUAUCACAAUUCAUUCUUGAAUAAAUGGGGUGUGCAAUCUUGAAUAACAAUCAACUGCAAUUAUUUUGACGUUUCUAUGU